AGUAUUCUGGUUCUUCUCGCUCGCCGUAGUUAGCUGACGUGUGUCAGUAGAGAGCGCUACAGGUAUCCACCACAAACAUGUCCGCUGAUUGGGAAGAGAUUCGGCGACUGGCCGCUGAUUUUCAGCGGGCCCAGCUGAGUGAUACAGUGCAGAGGUUAUCGGAACGUAACUGCAUAGAAAUUGUUGCCAAGUUAAUUGCUGAAAAACAACUGGAUGUAGUACACACUCUUGAUGGAAAGGAAUAUGUUACACCCUCGCAGAUUACUAAAGAAAUUAAGGAUGAGCUACAGAUCCGAGGAGGUCGCGUCAACAUAGUUGAACUUCAGCAGGUGAUCAAUGUUGAUUUGACACAUAUCGAAAGCAGAGCCAAUGAUCUUGUUAAAUUAGAUAAAGAUAUCCAGCUUGUACUUGGACAGCUUGUGGAUGGCAACUAUCUGGACCAAAUUGCAGAAGAGGUUAACGAUAAACUGCAGGCAGCUGGCCAAGUGACUAUAUCAGAAUUGUGCAAAACAUACGACCUUCCCGGAGACUUCCUGAAAGAGUCUUUCAGUUUGCGUCUUGGCAGGAUAAUUCAGGGAAAGAUCGAUGAAAGUAACAGAGGCGUAUUCUAUACAGAGGCUUUUGUGGCACAACAUCGGGCACGUAUAAGGGGCCUAUUUACAGCAAUCACAAAACCAACACCUGUAAGCAAUAUGAUUUCCAUUUACGGCUUUCAGGAACAUCUACUAUAUUCUCUGUUGGAGGAGCUUGUUAACUGUGGACGUUUGAAAGGCACAGUGGUUGGUGGAAGACAGGAUAAGGCUGUGUUCAUGCCUGACAUUUACGCCAAAACACAGAGCAACUGGAUAGACGCUUUUUUCAAGCAAAACUGUUACCUAGAAUUUGAUUCACUGUCCAGGCUUGGGAUUCCAGACCCUGUUGGAUACAUCAAAAAGAGAUACAAGUCCACACAUAUGUUGUAUUUGAAGUCAGCAUGCAUUGGCCAAGGCAUAGUGGAUCACGUGGAAGCUUCUGUAGAGGAGGCAAUAAGCUCAGGGUCAUGGUUGGAUAUUAUGCCUUUGCUUCCAAGUUGUCUUUCUCAAGAAGAUGCUGGAAUUCUGCUUCAGCAAGUAAUAAGAACACUGAACAAUUCUUCUUCUGCCCGAGUGUUUGGAGAUACUAUUGUUGUCAGUGAAAAAUUUAUAAGUGAAUGUGCUAAUCUAUUUAACAAACUUAUGCACCACAAAGCUGAAAAGGAAAUGAAGAGCAGCCCUGUGUUCAUAGUGACAGAAGAGGAUCUUAAGCAAGCAGCCAUAUUAGAAAAUGAAGUUUUAAGCAAAAAGGAUAAAAAGGAAGAAAGAAGGAAAAAAGCAACAGAGGGCAGUGGAAGCACUAGAACUGGCGGUUGUGGUAAUGCAAGAGAAAUAAAAAUAAAAAAGUCUAAGAAGAAAGCAAGAAAGGAUGAAGAUGAUGAUGAAUCACAAACCUCAUACCCAGGUAAACCAAAAGAACGAGAAGCUGCAUUUAUGUCUCUUGAAGAAAUUCAAGAUGUUUUGAGAAAACAUGCACCGGACAGCCCAGAUGAAUUGGUCAUUGAACUCUCUGAAAAUCUAAUUAGGCCCCUUACCAAGAGCUACCAGGAGGUAGUGCGGUCUGUGUUCUUGUCCUCAACCUCUUCCUCAUCAGGAGCCAGUAGAAAACAGACCAUGAAAGACUUCCAAGAAGAAGUGACCAGUCUUUACAACAACAUCCGGUUGUUUGAAAGGGGAAUCAAAUUCUUUACAGAUGAAACUCAAAACAACCUUGCCAAGCACCUGCUGAAGACAAUUUGCACAGACAUUACAAAUAUUAUUUUUAACUUCCUGGCAGCUGAUUUUAUGAUGGCAGCAGAAGAUUAUACCACCAUCACUAGUGAGGUUAGAAAAAAGAUGUUAAGCAAGCUCCAAGAGGAGGCUAAAGGCCCUUUGACAAAGCUUCAUAGUUCAUUAUCUGGAAAGAGUAUUGAAGAAUUCUCAUCCUAUGUGGACUCAGCUGCAGAUGCAUGUGGAAUAUUAAUGAAAAAAGGAGAUAAGAAGAAAGAAAGACAAAUUAUGUUUCAGCAUCGACAUGCUCUUAUCGAACAGUUGAAAGUCACUGAAGAUCCUGCUCUUGUGCUGCAUCUGACAUCUGUUUUAAUGUUUCAGUUGACAACUCAUUGUAUGCUCCAUGCACCAGGGAGAUGUGUCCCACAGAUCAUUGCUUUCCUUCACACAAAGAUUCCUGAGGACCAGCACAAACUUCUUGUUAACUACCAGACUCUUGUUGUAAAGCAACUAAUAGGCAAUACCAAGCAGAAGGAUGAAGAAGAUGUGGACACAAUGGAGGACACACAAGAGGGGACAGAAAAAGGAACUGAUAAUAUUAGAAAGGAACUUCAAGAAAUGUCCCCUGUAAUCAAGGAUUUAGUUCUUCGAUCUAGAAAAUCAUCCAUGAAUGAUGAAUGACCUGUUUAUUUUUGGUUAAAACACCCAUGUGUUCAAGCUAAUUUAAGAUAAUUUAAUACUAAUAAUUCAACCCACAACUAAAUUAAAAUCAGAAUUCUAACAAUCAAAUUUAAACUGAGAUUGCUUGCCAACUUUUCAUAUUACUUGGGAAAAGCAGCUUCACAUUGUAAUUACAGUGCAGCAGAAAUGAAUAUGUUGUUCUUGCAAAACCAUAAUUGACAUUUAAUAAAGGGAUUUUUUUCUGAAGAUACAGCAACUCCAAAAUAGGAGAGAGAUCCCAGAUACCUGUUCCCAAGCAUUUAGCUGCAAAAUAAAAAAACAGGGCUGUAAAUCGCUGAAAGCAAUUACUGAUACCUUACAGCUGUUCCCUUGGAAUUCUAAUAUUAUCUUAUGGGGUCACCUUUAUCAAGGGUGCAUUUGUAUAAUUUUCUAUUACAUGUUCCUUCUUUGGGGGCAGUUAAAACCUCACAUAUUACAGCUGCUGAUUUGUUUCUUCCUUUUGAAUGACAAUGAUUAAACAGUUAAACACUAUAGAGAGCAGCAUGCUUUAAACAGGAUCAGUUACCAACAUAAAUAUUUUUCUUAUUAAAAUAGCUAGAAUCUCAGCCAUAAAGCAGGUCUUUUGUAACAAAAGGGUAGGGAUAUGAUAGUAAUAGUGUAUACAAUACUCAAACACAGAACUGAACAAAAGUUUGGUUUAUAAUAUUCAACUUUACUAAACAAUAUUUUGUGACAAAUGUAAAAAGGUUAUUAUGAUGAUUCUGUUCAACAGGCGUAUGCAUAAAACUUUCCAGGAACCAGACAUUGCUACAUUUCCUUAUGUAGAUGUGGAGGGUUCUAAAAAGUAUUAUGUCACUGGAAGUAUUCAUUCUGAAAAGUAUUAUGUCACAGGAAGUACUCAUUCUGAAAAGUAUUAUGUCACAGGAAGUACUCAUUCUGAAAACUAUUAUUUCACAGGAAGCACUCAUUCUGAAAAUCACAACACUUGUGCAGAGAUACAGUAGAACCCAGAUUUUACAUACCUGGAUUUAUUUUUUUAAAUUGAUGCAGUUUUUUCUUGGUCCCAUGCAGGCCAGUGGUGUCUUUUUUCAUGGAUUUUACAUUUUUCUGGAAUCUAUACCAUUCCCCGGGAAACAUAAGAGCGGAUAAUACUGUAUAUCCAUAGCCACUUAUAAACAAGUUAAACAUAAGAGCCGCCAUAUCCAUCUAUUUUCCUCCGGUUGGCUUAUGAAUAUUGCAAAAGCAUUGUUGAGGCUCUCCUUUAGCCACACCAGUAACUAAUCGGAUGCACAAAUGAUUAGGAAAGUAACCUAAUUCAAUAAAAUGCUUAGGCAGAUAUUGGUAAAAACAAAAAUCUCAAACAAAAUCUCUACAAUUUUAAUGACAAUUUGGACUAAUUUGAAAUAUACAUUUCAAUAUAACCACUGUGGUAUUCCAUUAUAAGAGCUCAAAGCUCAAACAUUAUUCUCAUUCAGCCAGUUAGAACAGCACAUACAAUUGAAAUAUUGUAGGUUCUGCGAAGCGCUUUCUGCAUAUAAUGUGUUACAUCAGUGUCUGACCCACUACUUUAAUCCCUUCUAAUAUACUGUACCUAUAUUUUACUGUAAUAAGUACUGUAAUUAUAUGUUCUGUGUGCUGAUUUUACCACUAGCUCACACAGAACCUUUAUGGGAUCUCUACUACAGCUUUUAGAAAUGUUAGCCAUGUUAAGAAAAGAAUGCGUAGACCCACACAAACGUUAAGUAUACAAAAUGGAACCCAUUUCUUUUGCUUACAGUAAAUGCUUUUCAGAUGGUUUAUAAAAAGAUUUAAAAAAAAAAAAAAAAAAAAUCAUUUUUGGAACUAAUCCCAGUAAAAGGAGGGUUAGAAUAGAGUCCUUCUUGUCCCUGUUGUAGCCAGCGGUGUACUACUUAGUGUAAUAAGCUCUAUGUUUCAUUUAUGCUGGUUACAUUUAAAAGAGUGUUACUUUACAACGGUUUUGUAAGACAGUUCUAGUUCAAUGAAAAACUUGCAGUUGUUUGUACAUUUUUAAAUGAACACAACAUGGAAACAAUUUGUAAUGUAAGCAAAUAGAAAAAAUGAAAAUAUUUUCUUUAAUAAAUAUUGUUAGAAACAGUGGGUAUUUGUGUGUUGCUUUACCCUUCAGCCCUUGGGACAUUCUCAAAUGUUCACAUAAAUUAGAAGAAGCUUCUAGAUUUUUUUUAUUUAUCUGAAAAAGGUUCAUGGGAAAAUAUAUGUCUCCUUUUAAUAUUGAAUGUAAAUUCACCACUGAUAUAGUAGUCCUGGGGCACAGCAAGAUUAAUGUGCUCUGUACUCUUUUGUUCAGUUGCAUAAAUAAGAAAAAAUCUUCAGUCUCAGAAUGCAGAGAAAGGAUCAAACUGCAUUUAUAAUACAGUAGAACCUUGAUUUUACAUUUCCCAGGGGACAGUGUCAAAACAAUGUAAAUUUAGGAAAGUAAACCAGGAGAAAAAAAGACGCCACUUGCCUGUAUGGGACAGUGAAAAACUGCUGUAAAAUCUAGGAAAAUAUAAAAUCUUAGUAUGUAAUAUUGGGGUUCUGCUGUACUUACUAUAGAGCAAUGCUUUUCACUAAAGGUUCAAGAAUAUAGCAGCCAUAGUUUUAUAUGUUCCCUAUCUUUAGACUACAAACAUAAAGGAUUUCCUAGCAAGUAGGAGCAUAGUUCAUGGUGAUCACUGGACUUGUGGGAUAAGUAAGCAAGUGUUGCACCACAAUGCCCGUGAUCAAUAAGGCAUUACCAAUUCUUGUUACUUUUCCAGUAAAAAAUAGAAACCAAAUCCCAAAUGCGCCAUUUCCCUAAGACUAACCUACUAACAGAGCAAAAAGAACAUAACAACUGUACAGUUUGUGAUAUUUUUCCCAACAAUGAAGUGUUUUUCCAAAUACUUCCAUGAUAAAAUGGGCAUUAUGUGAUUGUGGUACAGCCAUUUAUAUGCCUCUCAAAUGUGCAUGAUUUCAAAAGCAUUGCACGCGCAUAUGCAAUGCUGCUCAGGGUAAACAACUAGGCCCCUUUGGUCUUUUGUACACUGCACAAGGAAACUGGGGCACGACCAACAGUCUAAACUUGUGCAAACUUGCUUACAUUUCUGCAGCUAGUCUUUGCUAGUCUAUGUGUUUGAAAUCCGUUCAUAAUAACAGAAUUUGAUAAACAGGAAAUGAGGUAAGUCAUAAAAACAACAAUCUGAACCUUGUACAUACUAGUGGAGGCUUGUGUAAAGUGCAUUAUAGUUAUUUUUUACCAAUAAUGCAUAAUGCUGCCAGUAUAAUUAAUUGUGCUCCUGCUGUUAAUGCAAGAAUACUCAAUGCGCACAAAUUGGCAGGUCCAGGUUGAAACUACAGGAUUCCCUUACAUUAAAAAGACCUCCUCUUUCUGCCCAGUUACAAUAAAGUACUUUCUGCGUGGUGUCAAUUUCA